AUGGAUGAAAAAAACAUAGAGCCACAUGAAAUAUUAUACAAUCUUCUUGAUGAGUACACAGAACUGAAAGAACUCUGUACAGCUCUUCGAAUAAAUAAAAUUCAAUUAAAAGAAAAACUAAAAGAGAAAAAAUAUCAUCAUAAAAAACUAUAUAAAAAGUAA